CUGUCGAAACCUCAGUGGAUAAAAGACCUAGAGAAUGUGCAUCCCAGAAGCUGGCCAAGGAUAUGGGAGCAACCACCAUGGACCAGAAGUCUCUCUGGGCAGGUGUAGUGGUCUUGCUGCUUCUCCAGGGAGGAUCUGCCUACAAACUGGUUUGCUACUUUACCAACUGGUCCCAGGACCGGCAGGAACCAGGAAAAUUCACCCCUGAGAAUAUUGACCCCUUCCUAUGCUCUCAUCUCAUCUACUCAUUUGCCAGCAUUGAGAACAACAAGGUUAUCAUCAAGGACAAGAGUGAAGUGAUGCUCUACCAGACCAUCAACAGUCUCAAAACCAAGAAUCCCAAACUGAAAAUUCUCUUGUCCAUUGGAGGGUACCUGUUUGGUUCCAAAGGGUUCCACCCCAUGGUGGAUUCUUCUACAUCACGCUUGGAAUUCGUUAACUCCGUAAUCCUGUUUCUAAGGAACCAUAACUUUGAUGGGCUGGAUGUAAGCUGGAUCUACCCAGAUCAGAAAGGAAACACUCAUUUCACUGUGCUGAUUAGUGAGUUAGCAGAAGCCUUUCAGAAGGACUUCACAAAAUCCACCAAGGAAAGGCUUCUCUUGACUGCAGGCGUAUCUGCAGGGAGGCAAAUGAUUGAUAACAGCUAUCAAGUUGAGAAACUGGCAAAAGAUCUGGAUUUCAUCAACCUCCUGUCCUUUGACUUCCAUGGGUCUUGGGAAAAGCCCCUUAUCACUGGCCACAACAGCCCUCUGAGCAAGGGGUGGCAGGACAGAGGGCCAAGCUCCUAUUACAAUGUGGAAUAUGCUGUGGGGUACUGGAUACGUAAGGGAAUGCCCUCAGAGAAGGUGGUCAUGGGCAUCCCCACAUAUGGGCACUCCUUCACACUGGCCUCUGCAGAAACCACCGUGGGGGCCCCUGCCUCUGGCCCUGGAGCUGCUGGACCCAUCACAGAGUCUUCAGGUUUCCUGGCCUAUUAUGAGAUCUGCCAGUUCCUGAAAGGAGCCAAGAUCACGAGGCUCCAGGAUCAGCAGGUUCCCUAUGCAGUCAAGGGGAACCAGUGGGUGGGCUAUGAUGAUGUGGAGAGUAUGGAGACCAAGGUUCAGUUCUUGAAGAAUUUAAACCUGGGAGGAGCCAUGAUCUGGUCUAUUGACAUGGAUGACUUCACUGGCAAAUCCUGCAACCAGGGCCCUUACCCUCUUGUCCAAGCAGUCAAGAGAAGCCUUGGCUCCCUGUGAAGGAUUAACUUACAGAGAAGCAGGCAAGGUGACCUUGCUGCCUGGGGCCUGCUCUCUCCCAGGAAUUCUCAUGUGGGAUUCCCCUUGCCAGGCUGGCCUUUGGAUCUCUCUUCCAAGCCUUUCCUGACUUCCUCUUAGAUCAUGGAUUGGACCUGGUUUUGUUUUCCUGCAGCUGUUGACUUGUUGCCCUGAAGUACAAUAAAAAAAAUUCAUUUUGCUCUAGUAA